AACAUUUAUACACUUCAAGGCGGUCGAAACAAGGUAUCUUCCACUUCCCUGUCUUGGGCCUUGGUAACACCGCGAUGGCCCGUCUUUGCUGGACGCUGCUCCUGGCGGUGACUUCCUACCUCGUCUUCGAGGGACCACAUGCGAAGGGCGCCCGCAUCCUUGCGGUCUUUCCUACUCCGUCCAUCAGCCACCAGGUGGUGUACCGCGCGCUGUCUCUGGAGCUGAGCAGGAGAGGUCACCAGCUGGUCGUGGUGACCCCUGACCCCAUCAGGGAACCGCAGCUCGCCAACUACACCGAGGUCGACGUCUCCUGCAUGUACAAGCCGUUCCGAGAAACCAACAACUUCAGCUCCAUAAGACAGGAACAAAAGGCAAAGUACGAAAUUUUUAAAACAAUUAUUCUCAGUGGAAAUGACAUGUGCGAGACGAUAAUGGGCCACGAGGCGGUACAAGCGAUGAUCGACCCCAACAACACGAAGGAACACUUCGACCUGGUCAUCUUGGAGUGGUUAAUAACACCGUGCACGGCUGCCUUUGGUCACAGGUUCUCCGCUCCGAUGAUCGGCAUAACGUCUCUUCCGCCGGUAGCAGUGUCAUACGACUCAUUCGGAAGCCCUACCAAUCCUUCCUACAUCCCAGAUAUAUCCCUUCCCUAUACCGACAAGAGCAGAACAUUCUGGCAGCGCUUAGAAACCUCGAUUUUUCAAAUCAGAAUUGGUAAUUUAUUCUAUGGAACUCUCAUACCACAGCAAGAUUCUACAACAAAGCGGGUUUUUGGACCUUCAACGCCAUACUUGGGAGAUUUAUACACUCAAGUCAGUAUGCUGUUUUUGACAUAUGUAGAUGGCUUCCACCCUCCAAGACCAACAGUGCCGGCAGUUGUGAAGAUAAAUGGCUUUCAUAUCAGACCUCCUAAGUCUCUCCCUCAGGACAUCCAGGAGUUCCUGGACGGGGCUCCCAAGGGCGCGAUAUACUUCAGCCUCGGCAGCAACGUCAGGAGCGACCAGCUGACCGCCGACAAGCGCCAGGUGUUCCUGGAAGUGUUCGCCGAGCUGCCCGACUACCGCGUGCUGUGGAAGUGGGAGCAGGACAACCUGCCCGGCCAGCCUCGCAACGUGAAGAUCGCCAAGUGGCUGCCGCAGCAGGACAUUCUGCGCCAUCCCAAUGUAAAAUUGUUCAUCACCCAAGGAGGAUUGCAAAGCACUGAAGAAGCCAUACACGCGAAGGUCCCAAUGAUAGGCAUACCCCAGUUUGCUGACCAAGACUUCAACACGAAACUGGGAGAAGAUGCAGGAGUAACAAUACGACUUGAGUUUAACGAGCUCACUAAAACGAUUUUGCUUGGAGCACUCAACAAAAUAAUAGAGGACAAGAGCUACCAAGAGAACAUGGACCGCUUGCACGCCAUAGUGAACGACCAACAGACGACGCCCAUGGAGCGCGCUGUCUGGUGGACGGAGUACGUACUGCGACACAAAGGAGCGCAGCACUUGCGCACGGCGGCAGUGGACAUGCCGUGGUACAGCUACCUGCUGCUAGAUGUCGCGCUGUUCUUCCUGGCGACUGCGGCGCUCUUCGUCGUGCUACUGUCCAUGUCUGUCAAGUUUAUAUUCAGCAAAAUGAAGACUCAUUUUCAUCAGAAACAGAAAACGAACUAGUAUACGUGAAAUAAAUAUUUUUCUGUAAUACGCCGACAUAAUUAUGAUUUUUAAUUGCACUGACAACGCUGCAAUGAAACAGUGCAGUGGCGGAUUUACCAGCAGGCUGAGUAGGCUUGAGCCUAGGACGGCAGAUUUUUGGGGCGGCAAAUAUGGGGUCAGAAUUUUUUUUGCUACCUCAUAGAAAUAAAAAAGAUUUCUGCAUGACGGUUUUCUGUUUUCUGAUGUUUUACAGAUAGAAGUCUUGUCAUUGUACGUUCCGUGAACCCGUGUAGCAAACUUCCAUAUUCUAGAGUAAAACAGCUAGUUCGCCGCCCCCCAACCAGUAAUCAGCCUCUGCGCCCUCUGCCCACACUUUGAAUGAGUGAAAAGAGCGAAAUUAUAAAAAAUGUAUUCCUCUCUUUCCACUAUCAACUUUUACAUGCCAAUCCUACUACUGGUUGGAGUCUGCGAACUGGAUGGUUUGUAUAUAAUGAACAAGAUUACUUUCGACGAUAUCAUCAAUGAUUUUGCCAACAAAAAUUCGCGCAAAAAGGUAUUGUAACGAACUUUUAUAACUUGACUGAGUUGAUUAUUUUUAACUAUUUGUAAGCUCAAUAAAGAUUAUUUAUUCACGUUUACCAAAUGAACAUUAUUGUGUAAGUAGCAUGCAUUACCCCGCUUUAUUAAUCGUACAUGAUUGAGCUUUAAUUAGCUCAAAAAUAUACCCAAAAGUUAUUUUACAUGCAAUUUCAACAAAAUUAUUGGAUUGUAAAAAUAUUCUAGGACAUGAAAAUUGUAGAGGCAAGGGCGGCAAAAACUUUACAGCCUAUGCCUUGAAAAUUUGUAAAUUCCCUACUGAAACAGUGUAUAUAAA